AUGAACAAGACGGCCUUCGAGCAGUUCUUCUGUGAGGUCCCCCCUCUGUUGAAGAUCUCCUGUUCUGAAGCCCACAUUGCCAUUGACGUGACAUUUGCCUAUCUCAAACCAACUUCAGACUCGCCCUCAGCUCUGGAUCUGCUGGUUUCCGUGUUAUACUCCGUGCCCAUGUACUUCUUCCUCAAGAUCUUGUCCUUCAUAGACCUCUGCUACAUUUCUACUACGGUACCCAAAUCCAUUGUCAACUCCUUGUCCAGUGACAGCUCCAUCUCCUUUCUGGGUUGUGUCUCGCAGCUCUUCCUAGUGGUCCUGCUUGCCGCUUCAGAGUUAUUUGUCCUCACUGCAAUGUCUUAUGACCGCUAUGCCGCCAUCUGCUCCCCCCUGCGCUAUGUGCUCAUCAUGAACAAAACAGCUUGUAUGUGCAUGGCAGCAGUGUCAUGGUUCAGUGGGGGUCUGUUGGCCAUCUUGCUUUCAGCUUCUACAUUCUCCCUGACAUUUUGUGGGUCUAAUUCUGUUCAGCAGUUCUUCUGUGACAUCCCCCCUCUGCUGAAGAUCACCUGCUCUGAAGUCCACAUUGCCACUGACAUGAGUGUGGCUGCUGGAUUCUUCUUAGAUGCUGUAUGCUUCAUUUGCAUCACCCUCUCCUACAUCUUCAUCUUCUCAGCCGUGCUGAGGAUGCCGUCCACCGAGGGCCGAACCAAAGCCUUCUCCAUCUGCCUGCCCCAUCUCUCUGUCAUCAUCAUUUUUCUCUGUACUGCAGCAUUUGCCUAUCUCAAACCACCUUCAGACUCACCUUCAGCUCUGGAUCUGCUAGUUUCCAUGUUCUACACCGUGGUGCCCCCCACUGUUAACCCCCUUAUCUACAGCCUGAGGAACAGGGAGCUGAAGGAUGUAGUCAACGUCAACUCCCAGAAAUGA